UUGUCAUGACACUUCAAUUUUGUAGUUUUGCUUCACUGUUCAUUGUGUUUACGGAUUACUCCGGAUUGUGUGACCUUAAAUCGUGAAUUUCGCUCAAUUUUUAGCCUAUUUCGAAGACUACCUACCGGUUUCGUGGCCCACGGUUCCAGAUCUCCCUCGAAAAGCUACCGCCCGAAGAUGGAUAACGUGGUUGCCCUGUACAAGCAGUUGCGUACCGAGUGGACUAAAACUCCCGUGAACAUGAAGCUGUGCGGAUCGCUGCUGGACAAAUUGAAGAUUGCUCUGGUUGAACUAUCCUAUUUACCCACCGGUGAUAGUCCGGCAACGCAACAAGAACUGGUGAUUGCCCGGGAUGUCCUUGAAAUCGCCGUCGAAUACAGUGUGGCCACGAAAAAUAUUCCGGCCUUCGAGCGAUAUAUUUCACAGCUGAAAUGCUACUAUUACGAUUACAAGAACCAACUAGGGGAAUCGAAGAACAAAUACCAGCUGCUAGGCAUGAAUCUGCUGUUCCUGUUGUCACAGAAUCGCGUAGCCGAAUUUCAUACGGAACUGGAGCUCCUCCCGGCGGACAUCAUCCAAUCCAAUGAAUACAUUCGCCACCCACUGGCUUUGGAGCAGUACCUGAUGGAGGGACGCUAUAACAAAAUCUUCCAAGCGAAGGGCAAUGCCCCUUCUGAGCGGUACAACUUCUUCACCGACAUUCUGCUGCAAACGGUUCGCGACGAAAUCGGUGCCUGUCUGGAGAGCUCCUACGAGAGGGUUUCGCUUCAGGAGGCAGCCAAGAGGUUGAAUCUUAAAACCAAGGAUGAGGUUAAAGAGUUUGCUGAGAAGAAAGGCUGGAAGCUCGGUUCGGAUGGGUUCUAUCACUUCAUCAGCGAGCUGGUGAAGCCGAAAGACCCGAUGCCAUCGCAGGAGCUGGCCGAACAGGCAAUUUUCUACGCCCGGGAACUUGAAAUGAUCGUUUAAGCGGAUUUUCUUUCCAUUCGUCAGACGCAUAAGAUUCAUUUUGAGUGUCCGAACUGAUUUUGUAUUGGUUAAAAAACACAGAUAACUUAAUAAAUAGAGAACUUGAGUAACAACUGGAA